AUGGAAACUUGGUUUUGGAUUCUCGGCUGGUUUUUUUCCAUUCUGACGAUGACUGGAAAUGGAUUUAUUAUCCUCCUUGUUUGUACCAGACGGCAUCUUCGAACCAAAACCAACGCCUUUGUUUUAUCCCUCGCAGGAGCAGACUUUUUAGUUGGGAUGACUGCUGUUCCUUCGCUGUUUCUCUUAGAAAGGAUUGGCCGCGGUUACUCACAAGGUUUAUACACAGGCCUGAAGAGUUUGAAGUGGCUGUUCCAGGAUGCAUCAGUGAUCAACAUGUGCAGUUUGGUACUGGAUCGCUACAUAGCUGUUGUGAAGCCUUUGAAAUACUUAACCUUUAUGACUUCCAGACGUGUUAUCCAGCUCAUUUCCUUCUCGUGGGGGUUAUGUGUUGUUUUCAUUUUGGUUUUAUCAUCUCUGUUAUUUAGCCUUAACCCGAGAGUCGUCUUACGUACUCUGUUUUGGGUGGUUUUUGUUUUAUUUUACUUCUUGCCAUGUUUAAUGAUUAUUUUUUGUUUUGCACGAAUGUUACGUGUUAUCUAUAUGCAAAACCGAGCACCAACCUUUUCAGGAAAACAGUUAAGGUUUAACAAACGUCGUGAAAAAUCUGCAUUGAUAAUGAUGAUGAUUGUUGUUUUUUUGUUUCUUGUCCUCUGUGGAAUUAAUAUCCGUUGCAUUUUCGCAGUUAUUUUAAAUGAUAAAUGUGACAGAGGUAAUUAUAGGGAUCUUAUUUUAGUUUUAAAUUCCGCCGUAAACCCUUUAGCUUAUGCCUUUUUCAAGGCAGACCUAAAGAGGGAGAUCAAAAAGAUCUUUUGCAAAGUGGCCGUUGAAAGAAAGGCGGUAAACGUGUAG